AUGAAAAAAAUAAAGAGUAUUGUAGAAACAUUUCUGAAUAUAAUUUAUUUAGAUUUCAAAGAUAGUAUAGGUUUUAGCGAUAGAUCACUAUUUGUAAUAGCGGAAUCAUAUCCUAAUUUGAAAUAUAUUAAUUUGUGGGAUGCUCAAAUAACUAAUAAAGGUUUAUAUGCAAUUGCGCAAUUAUGUUAUAAAUUAGAAUAUCUAAAUAUUUCUUACUGCAGAAAUAUUAGCGAUAAAUAUUUGUUUGAAAUCACAGGAAAUUGUCAUGAUUUGCAAGAGUUUUAUUUUGCUGAAGCACGUCGAAUCACAGAUAGAUCUAUAAAUAUCAAAGAUGCUAGUACUUUAAUACAAAGAUGUUUUAAUAUAGAGUAUCUUGACUUUAGUGGGGUUAUGGCUUUGCAGAAUAAUGUAUUAAUUAUAACUAUUAUCAAACGAUCUCCAAAUUUGAGACAUAUAGAAAUCAGUGGUAAUGAUAUUGAUGAUGAGAUUACUGAAGUGUUAGCCUAUACUUGUUAUAAAUUAGAAUAUCUCGAUCUAA